AUGAAGGACGCGUUGAGCAGCCAUGAGCCGAAGCCUAGCCCGCCUCGCGCAGGCCCAGACAAUGAAAGCACUGGACAGGCUGGCCAAGAUCCCGAGGCCACAGCUGCGACCCUGAGCCACGAUGAACAACCGAAGCAACACCUGUCUGCCUUCAAAGGACUCGGGCUUCUGGAUCGCUUCCUAGCCCUGUGGAUAUUCCUGGCAAUGGCCAUUGGCAUAAUUUUGGGCAACUUUGUUCCCGAGACUGGGCCAGCCUUGCAGAAGGGCAAAUUUGUCGGUGUUUCGGUGCCUAUUGCUGUCGGUUUACUCGUCAUGAUGUAUCCCAUCCUCUGCAAAGUGCGAUAUGAAUCGCUCCACGAGCUCUUUUCCCACCGGGAGAUGUGGAAGCAGAUCUGCUUUAGCAUCUUCGUCAACUGGAUCGUUGCUCCAUUCCUCAUGCUUGCCCUGGCCUGGGCUUUUCUCCCUGACAAGCCGGAGCUUCGCACCGGUCUUAUUCUCGUGGGUCUUGGGAGAUGUAUUGCGAUGGUCCUUAUUUGGAACGGUCUCGCUGGCGGCAACGACGAAUACUGUGCUAUCCUCGUCGCUAUCAACUCGAUACUCCAGAUGGUCCUCUUCGCCCCCAUGGCCGUCUUCUUCAUCCGCGUCAUCAGUCACGAGUCGGGUACAAUUAAUAUAUCCUACAGCGUUGUUGCUACAAGUGUGGCUGUCUUCCUGGGCAUCCCCCUUGGAGCAGCCAUCGUCACGCGAAUUGUCCUUCGUAAGGUCGCUGGACCAGAUUGGUAUCAGCAGACCUUUCUCAAGUUUCUCGCACCCUGGUCUCUCAUCGGCCUACUCUACACCAUUCUCGUUCUAUUCGCAUCCCAAGGCAGACAGGUUGUUCACCAGAUUGUAUCGGUCGUCCGGGUAGCAGCGCCACUGAUUGUGUAUUUCGUGCUCAUCUUCUUCGUCACUUUAUGGAUCAGCAGACUGCUCGGCUUCCGGCUCUCUAUGGUGGUUACGCAAAGCUUUACUGCUGCGAGCAAUAACUUCGAGUUAGCUAUCGCCGUGGCGGUCGCGACCUUUGGCCCCAACAGCGACCAAGCCCUGGCAUCGACAGUUGGGCCGCUUAUCGAAGUGCCGGUGUUAGUGGGCUUAGUGUAUGCUGUUCGUUGGAUGGCUAACAGAUGGUACUGGAAGUGAAGCGCGAAUAGAUGCGAUGUUCACCAAUCCGGAACCUCUUUUUGGCGUUCUCUGAAUUGCUAUAAGACAGGGAGGACUGGGGGCCCGCCACUCGUUCAAGGGGAGUGCUUGAUGAGAGGAUUUACAGCCAGAAACACUGUGCUGUUGGUAAAUACGGAAAUAUACAGAAGAAAUCCAAAGUAUUUCACAGCCAACUCUGUAAGUUGCGCAGGUUGUUGGAAAGUUGAGUGCUUUACUAGAAGCUCUACAGCUUAUCGAUAAGAGGUUGGAUACUGCCGCCCUGCCGGGCGCUCUCAAAGCAAUUGUCGGUAAAUGUGUAGAUAUAGCACGCUUGGGGACCACGAAGUCAGCCGAGGAACAUUUGAG